UUCACACGUGGCCGCUAAAAAAGCCAAACCUCCACGUCCGCCUCUUCGGCAACGGCAAUAAAUCUUUCAGUUUCCGCAUGAAUGUCCUUUCGGACUGGACUUCUCCGCGCUACGGGUUCCUCUUCUAGACGCCCUGUUGUUGCCAAUCCUUCUUCCUUACGAAUUUUUUCGAGGUCUAAUUCGCAUGUUGGGGGUUUAACGCGCGAUGCCAUUAAGAAACGGUCUCGAAUACAGAGUUACCUCGACACCUUGAAAAUUGCCUCGCAGCGAAGUGAAGUGGAAGUUAUCAACCAGUAUUAUCCGGCCCUUGCUUGGGAGGCCAGUCAGUUGGCAACCUCUUCCCCCUCCUCGUCAUCAUCACCUGAAUCAAGUCAUGCCAUUUCGGAAGACCAGCUUGAAGCAAUAUUGGAGACGUUGGCUGCGUCGGGACGUCCGGUAGAUUUGAGCCAUAUAGACGGGAUAUUGGCAGAUAUGUCCGACAUUUUUGGCACUCCUCCGACUGCAGACACUCAUACGGCCAUCAUUCGCGGGUUAAUACGCUGUCAAAAUGCUCAGACAGUGGUUCGAUGGUUCGAAAACAUGCCGGAUAAACCAGGUGGGAUUCGGCCCACACUUGAACACUAUCAUCUGCUGCUCGAAGCUUCCCCAGAAUUUGCCUCGUUCAAAAAUAUGAGGAGCAUCGUCCAAAACAUGUACAAAACUGGCUGCUUACCCGAUAACGAAACCUACAAAAUCCUUCUACAGGCCCUUUGGCAGUUGUCCCCUCAACCGCCACCACCACCGCACAUCAUGCCCAUCUUACAGGAGAUGAAGAAGAACGGCCUACCAUACGACCUCACCAUUCUUAACUUUCUCGCAAAUGCUUAUCACACACGAGGACUCACACGUUGGGCCGACGAGAUUAAAAGUCAUUAUUACCAAACGUUCACCUCUCAUAUAAGUCCCAGCCAAACCGCAGAAAACAUCUGGACUCCGCGUUUCUCGCAGACUGUAUGCAAGGAAGGGCUGUCUGCCGGGCUUGCUUUGUAUCCCGAGUUUCUGGAAGCGGGUGGGAAACCGUCAUUUCGGAUUUUCAACGCACUACUGCGGCACUCGUGUACUUUGGACGACAUGAAGCGAAUCUCCCAGGAGCUGGGCAUGAAACCCACUCAGACCCAAUGGGCUAUGAUGAUUGCUGAAGCGGCCAAAAGAGGGUUUUUGGGUACUGGAUUGUCUCUUUACCAAAAGGCUAGGAACGCUGGCAUCUCACCAAGUGCACCUAUGGUCGGUGUUCUGAUACGAGCCUUAUUCAAACAUAAUUCUGUGCCCUACACGGAGAAGGUCAUCGAUAAAGCGCUCGAAUUGUACGACGACUUGAAACACGCCGUACCGGAGGAUAGCCCCAUUUCCACGGACCCACGCGUGCACAAUGAAGGGCCUGACACUGAUAUCUACACUAGGCUGCUUCACGGACUUUCCCUUGCAGAGAACGGCAGGCGCUAUUCACGCGCGAUUAGCAGUUUAUUGGAAGAUAUUAAGAUCCGAGGUAUGGAGGUAUAUAGCAUGAACGCAUCCAUAGCUGUUAUGCGUAUACGCUUAGCAGGCGGAGAGGAAGAAGCUUUUAGAGAGUAUCAGAGGCGGCGUAAUACUCUGGACCAAACAGGAUAUGAACGGGUUCUCGAUGCAUUUUGUCGACUAUCUGUCCAGGGUGGAGUUAGAAUUCCAUCCCUUUCUCGCUAUUUCAACAUCGUCAAAGACAUGCGACAGGCUGGCUACGAGGUUACUCCCCAAAUUUAUACCAUCCUUUUGAGGCACAUGGGGAAGUUGGGAACGCGAACGAAACAGGACCCCGAGUACAUCUCCCUUACGCCUCGACUCAUUGCUGCUACUCGUCGCAUACACGAUCUCAUCACGUUAGAUGCCACGAUUAGCCCCGAACCAUACCUAUGGAACCAGAUGAUGGAUACGUACCAAAGACUCAACUGCUUUGGGGAUGCAUACAGAGUCUGGGACCAGAUGUUCAUCUCCAAAAGGUUCGACCACGUCAGCGUGAGUAUUAUAUUUGAUGCUUGCGGCUACGCAAAGGCGACACACCUUCUCGAGCAAAUAAUGACCCGACUAAGACGAGAGAAUUUCGAGUUGAACCUCCAUAACUGGAACACUUACAUCGAAUGCCUCUGUCGCAUGGAGAGGUUGAGUGCUGCCGUCAAAGUUCUUUGCCUGGAUAUGACGGGGGACAUUCUUCCCACUGCGGAAACCGUGAGGAUCGUCCGAUCCUUUGCAAAUAAACCCGGUUUGGAUGAGGAGAUCAUGAACAGAAUACAGCAGUAUCAGCCGGAGCUGUACCAGUCGUUAGAGAUGGAAAAAGCGAAGUCUUUGUAG